CUCGCGGUGAGGCGGAAGAGCCAACAUGGCGGCGGCGGGAGCCCCGCGCCGCCCCCGCUCCCCACGCCCGGCCUUCGGCACCGGCCCCCGGCGGGGCUGAGCAGCCCGGCCCCACCGCCCCGCGCCGGCCCCCGGCACCGGCUCCACCGCCCCGCGCCGGGACAUGCCCCGAUAGUGCCCCCCCCGCUCCCCCGGCGCAGCUUCCUCCUGCCGGGCUGGGCCCGCACACCUCCGCCCCGCAUGGCCGGGCCGGCCCCGCCGCAGCCCUGAGCCGCCCCGUGCCUCCGCCGCGGCCGCCCGGCCCCUGAGCCCGCGCUCGGCCCGUUCCCCGGCGUGCAGGUGUGCGACCACGAAGAUGUUCUCGGCCCUGAAGAAGCUGGUGGGCUCGGACCAGGCUGCGGUCCGCGACAAAAACAUCCCCGCGGGGCUGCAGUCCAUGAACCAGGCGCUGCAGAGGAGGUUCGCCAAGGGAGUGCAGUAUAACAUGAAAAUUGUCAUCCGAGGGGACAGGAACACUGGGAAAACCACACUCUGGCACCGACUGCAGGGAAAGAAAUUUAUUGAGGAAUAUAUUCCAACUCAGGAGAUCCAAGUCACCAGCAUCCACUGGAAUUACAAAACCACUGAUGACAUUGUGAAAGUUGAAGUCUGGGAUGUAGUGGACAAAGGAAAAUGCAAAAAACGAGGAGAUGGUUUGAAACUGGAGAAUGACCCUCAGGAGGCAGAAUCGGAAAUGGCUCUGGAUGCAGAGUUCUUGGAUGUGUAUAAGAACUGCAAUGGUGUAGUGAUGAUGUUUGACAUCACCAAGCAGUGGACAUUUAACUAUAUUCUGAGGGAGCUUCCCAAAGUGCCGACCCACGUUCCAGUGUGCGUGCUUGGGAAUUACCGGGACAUGGGGGAGCACCGGGUCAUCCUGCCCGGCGACGUGCGGGACCUCAUUGACAACCUGAACAGGCCUCCCGGUUCCUCCUAUUUCCGCUACGCUGAGUCUUCCAUGAAGAACAGCUUUGGCCUCAAGUACUUGCACAAGUUCUUCAACAUCCCCUUCUUGCAGCUGCAGAGGGAGACGUUGCUACGGCAGCUGGAGACAAAUCAGCUGGAUAUUGAUGCAACUCUGGAGGAGCUGUCACUGCAGCAGGAGACUGAGGACCAAAACUACGAACUCUUCCUGGAGAUGAUGGAAGCCCGAAGCCAAGGACACACAUCACCACUAGCAACGAACGGCCAGAGCCCCUCCUCCGGCUCCCAGUCGCCCAUCGUACCUCCGAGCUCCACGUCGACAGGCAGCUCCAGCCCCGGCACCCCCCAGCCGCCGCUGCCGCUCGCCACCAGCACCGUGGCGUCUCCUGAGCCCGCCCCUGCCCUCCCAGCAGUGCCUGCCCCCGAGGCGCCGCAGCCCCCCGCGCCCCCCGCAGCCCCGGCCCGGCGCGGCAUCAUCGCGCGGCUCUUCGGGACAUCGCCGGCGCCCGAGCCCGCUGCGCCCCAGCCAGAUCCUGCUGCUGCCACUCCUCCUCCCCACCCUGUAGCCCCUGCCAGGGUUCAGAGUGUGGAGGACUUUGUUCCUGAGGACAGCCUGGACCACAGCUUUCUGGAAGAGCCAGUGCCGCAGAAAGACAAAGGGAAAGCCCAGCCCAAACACCGUGUGGACAGUGAAAGUGAUGGAGAGGCACCUGCAGGGAACCCCAUGGUGGCAGGUUUCCAAGACGACCUGGAUCUGGAUGACAAAAUCCCCAGCAGAGCAGUGCUGGCAGCAGAACGGGUGCCUAGCAAGAACAUCAUCCUCUCCAGUGAGGAGGAGGAGGAGGAAGAGGUGAAGGACUCUAAGGUCAUCCUCAUAUCCGAUGGAGACAAAAACACAGAGCAGGAAAAAAAAAGGUCUUCCAGAAAUUCUCUGAAACCCCAGAGUGAAGCAAUUUUGACCAAAGCAACUGACCCGAAGCCUCCUGACAGUUUACCUCCCCAUCCUGGGUCUGAACGAAACAGCAGCAGCAAGGGCAACACGAGCCUGGCAGCUCCUGCUGCUGCCCCCACAGCAGCAGCCCAGGCCUCAAAGGCCACUGCCCAAAGCAAAGGACUUGCUUCCAAGCAGAAAGUGGUCAAAGAGGAGCAGCCUGAGGAGUCUGACAGUGAUCAAGAGGGACCAAUAGCUACUCAGAUGCUCUCAUUUGUUAUGGAUGAUCCAGACUUUGAAAGUGAGGAUUCUGACAGUCAGAAGAAAAAAAUGGAUGAAUUCCCAGUGCGGGAAGAUCUCUCUGAAAUAUCUGAUGAUGAUACCUCACUGGCAAAGCCACCUCAGCCCAUGAAAUCCACAGUCCCCUCCUUUAAGCUGAAAAAUGACUCAGAUCUCUUUGGCUUGGGUUUGGAAGAAGCUGGUCCCAAGGAAAGCAGUGAGGAAGAUAAACAAGCUUCUAAGGAGAAAAAGAAGAAGAAAAAGAAAAGCAAAGAGGUACUGUUUAAUUCCUCAGAUCUGCCAUGUUACCCACCUGCCAAGAACAGAGGUGGCCUUCCACAGUGUCCACCCAGGACUUGGUGGACUCCCAUGCUCACAUCCUGCAGCCCUGAUCUGUGUCUCCUAGGCUCUGCAGAGCACUCAACUUCAAAGAAGAGGACAAGUCAGUGAAAAAGAAGAGCAAACACAAGAAGAGCAAAGAGAAGGAGGAGAGCAAAGAGGAGAAAGAUAAAAAGAAAAAGAAGAAGAAAAGCAAGGAGAAAAGCAGCGAGAUAGAUGAACUUGAGGCUUUUCUUGGCGGAGGAGGAGCCAGCACGAGCAAACCACGGGGUGAGGGGGAUUAUGAGGAGCUGUAGUUUGCUGCUGGUGGACUCUGCAGUAUGGCUGUCUCCAUCUUCUCUGAUGAGUCACCCCAGGACAGGCACAGAUGUGUAAAGCUUUGGCCCUUUGCUGUAUAGUCUCUCAAACCAGAGUGAGCAAAACAAAAGCUUUUCAUCUGUGUGUGCUGCUCUGGUACAUCGUGACACAAAGAAAACGCAGCUGAGAUGUACGUGAGCCAGGGGAAGGAUCAGGACAUGGCUCCCAGGCCUGCUGCCAGGCUGUCAGCUUCUCUCCUUCCAGAGAUGCCCCAUCAGGUCACUGGCAGGCUGUGGGGUGAGGGGAUCUGCCUCCUGCUCUGUCCCUACUGCAUUCCAGUCCUGCACACCUGAAAUUCCUGUCUGGUUAAGGAGGAGUGCAACAGAAGAUGCCGCAUGAACACGUUGUGCUCGACUGUCUCAAGUCUUUAACUUCUGAUCCUUCCUGUUUUUUAAGGAGAAUAGUGAUACUGGCCAUGGCUUCACCCAGCAGUUGAUGAGCUUUAAGUCAAGCAGAUCAUGCUAUAGUACAGCUCUCUAAAGCAGCAGGCACAGGGACAGUGUGAGAGAGAGUGUGUGAUUGUUGAAGUCCUUUGAAUGGGAACCUUUCUGCACAGCAGCUUAAUUAGCCCUCACUGGUGCUGCUGUUGGAAUUCAUGAAGCCCUUUGAUUUCCGUGGCUCCAGUGUCUCAGACACUACAUGUAAGCUGCUAUGCAGUUUGGGAAAACGUUGAAAAGUGGAAAACUAACCUGAAAGAGAGAAAAAUCAGUGCUUUUCUGCAUUUCCUACCCUUGAAUUUGCAUAUUCCAGAAUCCACUGCUGCUGGGACCUCUCAGGGACAUGACUCCAUGUGGAAAUGAAGAUAUCCAGAGCUUCAGAAUUGGCUACAGGGCAGUGUUAGCAUGGCAAGGCGUUUGCUUCUCAGGCAUUUCCCAGUCAGGCUGUAACCCCGGCUGCUGCUCUGUGCCGAGAGGGACCAGCACUGCAGCUCAGCAGCCUCUGUCCUGCUCCAGCUUCUGUCCAUCCUGCAGCCAGCCAGUGUGCUGCCUUUCCUGCCCCAAGCAGAGAGCCUCCUCUGUCCCAUGAGUUUGGGAAGCCUUUUAGUUUUUGCUUUGAACUUAAACCCAUGGAUUAGUACCUACUCAGCAGCUGUUGGAUGGGCACUAUGGCCACCCCUUGGUGCUCACCUGUGUCUCAGUGAGCAGCCCCUGUGUUUGAUGGAGCUGGUCAGUUCUCUGUGCCCCUCCUGCUUUGGGUCUGGGGUCCCUUGCUCAGCUCAGACAGUGAAGCUUCUUCCAGGUUCUGUGCAUUACAUUCCCCUCUUGCUUGUAAGUUGAUUUGAAGUUUGGUUUUGUUGUCCCUCACCCCUUUCUGUUGUAAAAUGUCAGCCAUGAAAUCCAAACUGGAAUUUCCUUCUACAUCUAUAUAAAGCAAUGUGUUCUUUUGAUCCAUUAACCACUCCAGAGCUGUCUUGACCAGCAGGCAUUUCCUGCUCCAUUUUUCUUUUUCUUGCACCCAAAAUGCACUUGUAAGCAUUUCCCUAUAAAACAAACUGUUUUUUUGCUGCAUGAGCAGUGUGUUGUCCAGGUCUGUCUGCCAUUAGCAUUUGCCUCCUCUGAGUAUUCCACAUGGCACUGUAGGGAAAUUGCAUGGGACAGUUCAAACUCUGCACAUCCAGGGAGGAAAAGGAAGAUUGAGAUGGGACUGGUUUGUGGCCCUUUUGGGCAAAGGCAGGUGGGAGCUCCAGCCUCAGCUGCCCCGGUCCUGAAAGUGCUUCUGUUCCAUCAGGAUUUUGGGUCAUGUUCCAUUUUUGCAUUGAAAAACCCUGGUACAGUCCAUUCUGACUAUAAAGCUCUGUUGUACACCUGUC